AUGUCAAACCUCCCACCAGAAGUCGCGAACAACCCCACCCUCCUCAAGCUUUACCACAAGCAGCAGGAGCACUCAGGACUUCAGGCGCUCAAGGAGGCGACUGAGGGUAUGCUCGCCAAGGCGGACAAGCUUGCUGAGCAGAGCAACAUGAUGGCCGACGGAGGAGAAGCGAUUGGGGCCGUGCUCCGGCACUGGACGUAUGUGCAAAGCAUACUCGACAAGAUGAAGCAGUACGCGGUCACAACCGAGGACGAGGAGCCUGAGCCGCUACCCCCGAUGGUGCGGCUCGCGUACACGGGCGAAGGAGAGGCUCAGCAGCUGGCGGCUAGGCAGCAGACCCCCCGCAAGCAGUAG